CUUCUUUUUUUUUUUUUUUAACCUAAUCAAAUAUUUUGCUGCUGAAAAAUCUCCCAUAUUUUCAUGGUGCUUAACUUAAUUACAAGGUUUAAUUAACCUCCAUCAUUUUCCAAACAAUCCUAACAACAAAUCUUGGUCUCCACCUCAAGACAAGUUCUCUAACAAUUCUUCUUAUUUUUUCACUAAACACCCUCUACUUAAUCUUUUUACCACAUUUGACCCCCGAAUUUACCCUCAUUACACAUUACUUGCAAACACUGUACACUGAACCAAUAUUUAAAUCUAUUUUGGCACGUCUGCCUUAAGGAGGUUGAACAGAUCAAAUUAAUUAGGUGAAUUAUGGUUGGCUUUCUUCUCAAAUGUUUAAUUACAAUUUACAACCCAAAAACAUUCAAGAGGAAGCUUUAAUUUCUUUAUAUCUUGUAAUUAAUAUUUUCCCACCUAAGUACCUAACCCUCUAUAUAACUAAUUAUAUCCAUAAUUAAUUAUCUAACUUUAAUUCCAAGAAUAUUCCCUUUUGCUCAGGAUUAUUAUGGAAGGAGAUAAUAAUAAUUUCCCCUACUUCUUCGCCUCCUCUAAUUCGUUUCCGUUGUCAACUUCAUCGAAUAUAAACGAUUCAAAUUCGAAUGUAGUUAUGGAAAAUUCCAUGCAAAAUUCCCAGUUCUCUACUUUUGAUCAUGGUCAGAUUGACUUGGCUAGGCUACUGUGUGGUGCCGGUCCACUGGAAGAAACAACACCAGUUUCUCUGAAUAUCGGAGAAGUUGAUGGGGAUAGUAGUUGCAGAAACAAGUCAAGAUUCGGUAGAAAGAAGAAGAAUAUUCCGGCAAGGGUAGCGUUUCAUACAAGGAGUGCUGAAGAUAUUCUUGAUGAUGGGUAUAAAUGGAGAAAAUAUGGUCAGAAAUCUGUCAAGAACAGCAUCCAUCCAAGGAGCUAUUACCGAUGCACGCACCACACGUGCAAUGUGAAGAAACAAAUCCAGAGGCAGACAAAAGACACCACCAUUGUCGUGACGACAUACGAAGGAAUCCACAAUCAUCCUUGUGAAAAACUAAUGGAAACACUAAGCCCCCUUCUCAAGCAGCUUCAGUUUCUGUCGCGAUUCUGA